AUGUCGAACCCGACCAACAUCUCUCGGACGGAGCCCAUUAUCAUAGCUUCUCGAAAACCUCGCCAGCUGGAACCAUCCAUCGAGACUCCGAACAGUCACCACCUCAACGGCGGAGCUCACCUGUCGUCAAGCAUGAGCAGUACAGCUUCGGGGGAUUCUGAAACAAAUACCAGAAGUCCUACGGACAGGCCGUGUGAUGCCUGUCGGAAACGGGACAAUCCAUGUGCGGUAAACGAGGGGCAGACGAGUUGCGUGCUCUGUCAAUACCAUAAUCAGGAUUGCACUCUUGUACAAAGUCCUCAGCCGCGGAAGAGAAAGCUUAAUACGGAAGGGAAGGAAGAAUCUGUGGCCAAGAGAAGAACUGACGAGAGAAGAAGAUAUCCCACCGAGUCAAGUAUCUCGAGUACGGGAGCAACGAAUUCACUCAUUGAAGAAAUGGCCAAUAUUGGAGGACCGAUACAACUAAAGCGAACUUUGGGCCUUCAGAACGAUCGCCACAGCCAAUACAUCGGGCCAACCACCGACUUUGAGCCGUCGCUUAUCGACUUGUCGCCUUUCGAUCCCCAAGACGAGAGUCUCUUAUCGAGAGGAACUUUGAGAAAAGUCAGCGACGUUGAUACUUUCCUCAUGCUUCCUGACUACACCACUCCUGGUUACGAGCAUGUAAUCGAAGAUGCCGAUGCUAUCGAGGCCCUCGUUGCGCCUCAUGGACCGGCACUCCUCGAGUUAUACUUUCGAAUCAUUCAUCCGUAUUUUCCAAUUCUCCAAAAAGUCGUGUUCUACCAAACGUACAACCGUUCGUACCGGGAGUUCUCCCCGGCAAUUCUGGCUGCUGUCUACAUCCUAGCUAUAAAUUGGUGGGAUCACAGCGAGGAACUUGCCAAUCAACCCAGGCCGGAUAUCGAAGAGUUAGAACGACUAGCCCGAGUCACCCUGGCCGACGCCAUGUAUCGACCCAAACUCUCCACCGUCCAGGCCGGCUUACUCCUUUCCCAACGGCCGGAGGGGGAUCAAUGGGCACCCACGGCUCAACUAGUCGCAAUCGGCCAAGAAUUGGGCCUCCAUCUGGACUGCUCUAAUUGGAAAAUUCCUCCGUGGGAGCGCGGACUGCGCAAAAGACUGGCCUGGGCCUUGUACAUGCAAGACAAGUGGGGGUCCCUGGUUCACGGUAGGCCCUCUCAUAUUUUUGCAACCAAUUGGGCUGUGAAACGUCUAUCGCCUAACGACUUCCCCGAUUUCGAGGUCGAUGAAUCGGAUGUCGAAGAGAGCACCGAGUACGAACGAGGUCGUCUCCUUUUCACACAGAUGAUCACUUUGUCUCAGAUCCUGGCCGAAGUCUUGGAUACAUUCUUCACGCUACAGGCCAUGGCAGCUGUCACCCAAGCUGAUACCCACGGGACAAAUCUCGUACUUCAACUCGCUAAGCCAGUCCAACUCAAGCUUAAAGAGUGGUUUGCAGCUCUCCCUCAGUGUCUACGCAUGGAGUCCUCCGCAGCUCCGGCAAACAGCAAGCAACUCAUCUCAACGGGCUCCCUCCACCUCGCUUAUUUCGCCACGGAAAUCACCCUUCAUCGCCGUAUCAUCCGAUCUCUCGCCCCGGGCACUGCCCCUUCGUCUCCAACCUCGCGAAAUUCAAAACCAGCUCUCGAUCCAUACAUCGUCCACAUCUGUCGCAGCGCCGCCAAAACCCGACUGAUAUCCGCCAUGGAUUUUGUCAACCGUCUCACAUCCUCUCACCUCCGCUCGUUCUGGUACUUUGCCUCCAAGGCAAAUUUCGCUCUGAUAGGAACUUUUGGCUCUUUACUCUGGGCCACAGCACCAGGUAGAGAGGAGGCAGAAUGGUACCGGAGAAGAUUAGGCGAGUACAGAUGGACUCUCGGCGUAUCCAGUAAAGGCGGAGGAGCUGAAGGCGGAGGCAAUGCCCGGCUCACGGAAUUCGCCAUGGGUAUGCUCGAUACCUCCACGGGUCUACUCAAUUCUCUUCCCGAGAAGCCAGCAUUAAGCCGUGUCUGUAGCGAAGCCGAUAAUCUUGGGGCCCAGCAUAGACAGAGGAGUAUAGUCGAAGGCUAUGGCUAUGGAUCUUUCAGUAACGCAGGGGGCUUCGGCAUUGGUGCUGCGAGGAAUGGCAGCGCUGGGCUUUACGGGCUCGACAGAGAGGGGGACGCGGAUACCGGGCUCGCGAUGAGGAGUGGGCUAGAGAGUGGAAUUUCUAGCCCUGGUACGAGUGUGAGCUCGAGUGAAGAGAGUUCAAGUGCUCAUGAGGCGUUUAAUGCACCUCAGGCGCAGGAGGGGCAUCGUACUAAUGAGAGGUGUUGA